AUGUCUAUUGCUGGCGGGAGCAACCAUUUGCGUUCGGCUGGUGGCUCGGAUGAAGAGAUCAGCAGGCCAACACUGUCUCCAACUCCAUCCUAUCACUCCUCACGCGAGGCAAGCCCCGUCCUCAAAUCUCCAGAUGCCAAAGAGACUUCGACCAUGCUGCCCCUCCAUGCAGGCGCACGCUCAGCAUCAGAAUGGUCGUCUCGAGGCGGAAUCAGGAUGCUGGGCAAGAUCGGAUUUGUUCCCGGCUGGGAAGGUCUCCGCGGUCUUGCUGUCGCACUUGUCAUGGUCUCGCACGUCGUCGAACAGAAAGAAAUGCUCGGCACCCUCGGAGUCGAGGUCUUUUUCGUCCUUUCUGGAUUCCUCAUCACAGGUGUUCUCAUCUCCCAGAUGGAAAAGAACCAACAGUGCUCUCAAGAGACAGAUGGCACCACUUCAACGCGAAAUUUUUUGCUCAAGAGAUUCUCUUUCCUUCCGCGGUUUUACAUGGACCGCUUCGUACGACUUACGCCAGCACUCGGUUUGAUGGUCUUGGUGGUCUACAAGACCGCAAGUCGUCUCGGAGCUGAAAGGGUGAUGCUCCGGAAGGACGCGUACGCUGCCUUUUUCUACACGCACAACCUGUAUCCCUCGCUUCCAUCCGACCCGCGCCUCAUGUAUCCUGGCAUGUAUCUCAACACUUGGUCGCUGGCAGUUGAAGAGCAGUUCUAUAUCUUCUGGUCGCUGCUUAUCCCCUUUGUUGUGCCCCUCUCGCUCAAGUCAAAGGCGCUAGUGAUGGCUGUCUUGAUCUCUGUCGGAUUCUUUAUCCGCGAUUACAGCGGCUGGAACUUCCUCACAGAUCACAUGUACGGUAUCGACUACCGAUACGCUUACAGUGCCAACGCAUGGAAGAUGUUCAUCGGAUGCUCGGCACGCUUGCUGCCUGUACCCAUGAUCUGCACCAGAAGAUGGAUGGGCAUGAUCAGCACACUCGGCUUCUUUCUUAUGACCUACAUGUGGGGUUACGGAUUGACCAACUUCGACUUCCGAACCACUGGUGUCUGGCUCGAGCUGUUCACGGCGCUUCUUGUGCUCCUCAUUAUUCUCGGAAGCAUCAACGGUAACCCGAUCCUCGAGUCCCAGCUGUUCCGAUUCCCUGGCCGGAUCUCAUACUCCUGGUAUCUUUGGCAAUUCCCUCUUCAGGCUUUGCACGGCUGGCCAGUCGGCAACUGGGGACCUACCGGUCUCGCCUUCAUGGUGGCUACCUUCACGACUUUCAUGAUCGAAGAGCCCAUCAGGAACAAGUACCAUGCUUGGAAGAACCGCAAGGCCGCUACGCACGGGGAGGAGGAGAAGCAGCACGCUCGACGCGAGGAUUGA